AUGGAUGACAUUUGCAGUCAUAUUUAAGUAAUUAUGAGACAAUUUUAUAGUUUGAAAUAUUCAUAUUAAAUGUCGUUGAUUUAGCGUUUAUAGAUAACAUAUUGUGCCUAGUGUGAUUUAUGUCGCAAGGCAUUUCACAAUUUAAGGAAUCUCUUAGAUUAAUAUGAGUGAAAAAUCAUUCAAUCAAGAUGAGUUGGACGAAUCUGAAUUAGACCCUAGAAUUCAGAUCGAGCUUGAAAAAUUAAACACCGCAACUGAUGAAAUUAAUAAAUUAGAAAUAGAACUUGAUGAAUCUAAUACGACUUUUCGUAUGUUGCUAAAUGAAUCAACAAGAAGAUUGCAAGCCUUAUCACGAAAGCUUGGAAGUUGUGUUGACCGCUCAAGACCUUAUUGGGACGCAGUAGAAAAGGCUAAAGUUGCUCGAGUAGAAUGUCAGAGAGCAGCAGUGGCUUAUCAAAGGGCAAAUGAGAUUCAUGCCGCAGCUAAAGAAACUGUGGCUCUGGCUGAACAGAGAUUCUUAAGCCAAGAUUGGAAGUUUGAUAGCGCUUGGCAAGAAAUGUUGAAUCAUGCAACUCUUAAAGUAACAGAAGCUGAACUUAAAAAAGCAGAGAGCGGUCAUGAACAUCGAUUGCGUGCUGCUAAAUUUAGAGAUGCAGAAAGCAUUGUGCAGCACUAUGAAGAAGUACAAAGACGAAAUAUUAUAAAAAGCAGACCCUACUUUGAAGAAAAGCAGCUGUGCCAAGAACAACUGAAUACACAAAAAGCACGAAUUGAAGAACUACAAAACAUGGUUUCGAAGGUGAAACAGGAGUAUUCCCAAUCCCUAAGCGAGUUAGAGAAGAUCUCAGAAGAAAUCCAUAGAAGACGUGAAAUGCGCAGAGGCCCAAGAGAACCAGGAGUAGGUGCUGAAAAAUCAUCACCAGUGGAAGAAAAGGCUAAAGAGAGCUUUUUGCAACAAAUCAGCAGGGGCACAAUUCAGCGCUAUGAUAACUAUGAAACAACCUUCUCGCUUCCAGAUGUUAAUGCUGAAUUGGACUGCUGUGAUAAACGCAGUUUGAGCAGCUUAUCUGUUGGCACCAGUAGCGAGAGAGAUGAGGAUGAGAUGAGUGAAACAUCAAAUAAAAUGAUUCAGUCAAGGGAUGUAGAAGGCAGCAGCAGCUCAAACGAUUGGAAUGAAUUAAAUGUCACCAUUCAAAAACUGAAUGACAUGACAACAACCAUUAAUACUUCAACUGAAAUCAAUAAUUCUUAAUCAAGUAAGUUCUUUUUGAUUAUAUUAACAGUGGGUUUAUAGAUCUGUUGGAACAAUAUGCCAUGCUAGGUAUUAAUAUGCUAAUAAGUAUUAUAGAUUAAUUUUAGUUAAGAUUCAUAUUAAAAACUCAUCCAAGUGAUACA